AUGUCGAACGCACAACAUAGCAGGUCCGCAACGGCCGCAACGGCCGAAACCACCUUCAAGGAGGAGCCCACUCUCUCUUUGGCGGGCACCAGAACCGACCUCGAGUAUGGCGAGAUGCCAUCGACAGCUGGACGGAUAAGCCUCUGGCAACACCUAAACACGGAUGUCGAUCCAGCAGAAUGCACUGGCCCUCUCGCAGCUUUCUGCUUCAUGACGGGCUUUAUUGAUUGCAUUUCCUUCUCGGCGAUAUUUGUGUGGUGUGGCUUCCAGACGGGUAACUUUGCACAGCUCGCGCUCGCGCUCGCACGUCUCUGGGAGCCGUCGCCAACUGGCUCAGGCCACAACACCGAGUUCCACAUUGCUGACCGCCAAGCGCUGACCUCGCUCUUGACGUUCAACAUCGGCGCCUUCUUUGGCCGGUUUGGCGACCGUAUCGGCUCACACAAGCGCAUCUGGCUUGUUGGUGCAACACUCCUCCAGGUUCUCUUCACCGCUGCAGCGGCAAUCGCCAUCUGGCAAAGCAAUCAGGGGAGCGUCGCGGAAAUUCGUGGAGACCCAAGCUGGACCGGACCGCUCACAUAUCUUGGGAUCGCAUUCAUGAGCGCGAGUUUGGGGCUCCAGGGAAUCCAAGGGAAGCGGUUAAACACGCAAUUCACGACGACGAUCGUGCUCACCACCGUCUGGGUCGAGCUCGUCACCGACCCCCGCCUGUUCAAUCUCCGCCAGAAGGUCAUCACCCGCGACCACAAGCUGAUCGCUGCUGUCGCGCUGUUCACGGGCGCCUUUGUCGCGCGUGCAAUUCUGGCUUCUGCUGGUGCGCCAACUGCACUCGGGGUCGGAGCGGGCAUCCGUGUGCUUAUCGCGCUAUCGUGGAUCGUCAUCCCAGGCAAGAAGCUCGCCAAGGCAUAA